UACAAAUAAACUGUGUAUAUACGUAGCCUACUUUACUUAGAGUUCACACGGUACCGAUAGUUAGAACAGACUUUGGCCUGGGGCAGUUACGUCCACCACAAUGUUGCUUGUUGAGAGUAUUACGAUUUUCUUAUUUCUUCGAUUUAUUACCAAUACAGUUUCAGCUUCAAUCAGCCCAUCGCAGUAUGAAGCAAUGAGAAGUCGUUUUCUCAAAGCAGAAGCAGCUAAGAUGACAGGCUGGGAUAUUGAUCUAAAUGACAAAGAAACUAUUGUCAACGCAACUCUUAUGCACUUCAAGGAAAUGGAAUUCCAGUCGUCGAUGAAGUUAAAUAAUUUUCCUCCAUCCAGGUCUUUCAUGACUGCAAAAAAGGACAUCGAAGCUAGUCAAGUAUUUCAAAUUAUCAGAGAAAUGCCAAAAGGUGCUGCUUUGCAUAUUCAUGAGAUGUCAUUGUCCAAUAUAACAUGGGUAGUGAAAAACUUAACCUACCUUCCAGAUUUGUAUUUCUGUAAAAUUAAUAAUACUGCUAAAAAAAUUCCAAAUUCAAUUCAUUUUAAUUUCUCAACCAGUACUCCGCCUCCAAAUUUGGAUUGUACUGAAAACUGGAAGCUUGUUUCCGAAGCUCGCAAAGAAAACCAAGAGGAGUUUGAUGAAAUGCUAAUGCAGACACUAUCAAUGGUAGUGGAUGAUCCAAUUAAAGCGUAUCCCAAUGGCAAUGCCUCCUGGGCAAAAUUCCAGGCUGCAUUGAGCGCUGUUGGAGACCUUCUUUUUACCUCAACAGCGUUUGAUAGCUACUUCAAUCAAGCAUUCACAGAAUUUGAAGACGACAACGUUCAGUACAUGGAGAUCAGAACCCUACUCUCACCGAUAAGACAUAUGGAUGGAAGCGUCAGCAGCCAGUUAGACACCAUGAAGGCGUUUCAAGAUUUCAUCCACCGAUACAAGAUCACUCAUCCAGAUUUUUAUGAUGCAAAAAUAAUCUACACGUCUUUAAGAUUUGUAUCUGAAGACAAGGUUAAGGAUGCUGUUUCAUUAGCAAUGGACCUAAUUAAGAAAUUUCCUGACACUAUGAUUGGCUUUGAUCUGGUUGGUGAAGAAGAUGUUGGCUAUUCUUUGAAUAAAUUCAUCAACCAGCUACUGCUACCAGUCAACCAAAAUGUCAAAUUGCCAUAUUUCUUUCAUGCAGGUGAAACAGAUUGGCAAGGUACAAGCAUUGAUGAAAACCUUAUUGAUGCCAUCCUGUUGAAUACGUCUCGUAUUGGACAUGGAUUCGCUAUUCUGAAACAUCCGGGUGUUCUAGAUGAACUGAAGAAACGAGACAUUGCAAUAGAAGUCAAUCCAAUAUCCAAUCAGGUUCUUAAGCUGGUGGAUGAUCUGCGAAACCACCCUGCAACUUACCUUCUCGCCAAUGAUUUUCCUGUUGUUAUCAGCUCAGAUGAUCCAGUUAUUUGGGGUGCUAAAGGCCUUUCUUACGAUUUCUACGAGGCUUUCAUGGCAUUGGGUGGAGAAAGGGCGGAUCUUAGAACUUUGAAAAAACUUGCACUUAAUUCUAUAAAGUAUUCAGCACUUUCUGACAACCAUAAAAUGGAAUUGACACAACUCUGGCAAAAAAAAUGGGAUAUGUUUUUAGACCAAUUCUUAGAAAAACACAAAAAAUAUACUCAAUUUAAAUCAACCCGUAAUUAUCAUUAGAUAUGAAAAUAGUAUAGAAGCAAUGUUAGACAAGUUAUGACCUCAUAUCAUCUUAACCAUUCGUCAUUUCUGAAUCAUAUUCAGUGGGCAUAAACUUCAGGUCAAGGUUGAAUGUCAUGUACUUUAAUUUUCCGUUCGCGCGUCUUAACAUGUGUGUACGCGUGCAUCAAAAUUUAUAUAUACUUAAAAUUUUGCCUAUUUUUAAUCAGUUAUAGCUCCUUAAGAUGAAAGGUGACCCCCAAUUUUUAUUACAUAUUCUGAAAGCACGAGCUGUAGAUAUGAUUUUAUAUAUCAUUAUGCUGAUUGGAUAUUGUGACGUUGUCAUAUUGCUAUCUGAAUUCAAAAAACCGAAUUUCUAUGAAGGACAAUGCACAUGCAGUGGUUUGUUUUUGAUGACGAUCCAUUUAGACUGCUACCAACAAUCAUAGAAACUUAAUUUUUAUUUGACAUCAUUAUUUUUACACUCAUUUGAUCAAUUGUCUCCCACCUGUGAGUAUGUUAUCGUGAGACAAUUUUCUUUCUGAAGUGUCCCUUCAUUUUUUAAUUUUGAUGAGGUCACCAUGGUCAAAAUGAAUGUUUUUCUGACCCAUCCCCUACCAUUUUAUUUCUAAAAUUUUUCCAGAACCCGAGAGAGAGCGACAGACUUGAUAUUGUCAUGCACUGUUUGAAAAUCCUGGCUAUGGUAGUUUCCCAUAAUUCAUACCUUUUAAGCACAGAGAGAUUUCUUUUGCCUGACAAGCGGAUCACUUAACUCAUCCUUAGUGACGAGUUUAAAUCUAGUUUGGUAAUAAUAAUAAUGAUAAUGUUAUAUUUAUAUAGCGCAUAGUGCAUAUUGCCCCUAUGCGCUUCAUACAGAAAUUAUAUAAUAAUAAUGGUAAUGGUGAAUUGUAUAAAUAACUAGAAACACACUGACGGUGGAGGAGGCCUGUGUUGAGUACAACUAAUUAUGCAUCCACGAUGAGUACUGGUGCUUCACUGUAGCUGUUUCUGGUACCCUGUCGGCCAAACAAGCUUUCAAAUUUCUGUUUGAAAUAGGCUGAAUAGGUAAAAUUUAUUAUUGUUGAAUAUAAAAGUUUAAAGAUUUCAGUGAUUUUAUUAAUGUGAGCAUGUUAAGUGUAUCCUUACCAUCAUCGUAAACAUCAUUUUAUCAUCAUCUUUAUUAUCGCCAAAAUCAUUAUCAGAAUCGUUAUCAUUUUCAUCAUCAUCAUUUUCCAUCGUUGUGCUUGAUAUUUAAAAUGUGUACUGUAUACAAUAGUCACACAGUUUUAUUUUCAAAUAUCAAAAUAUGUUUUUCUCUUUUUUAAUGGCAAUUUAAGGCAAAAAUGCUUGAUUUUGAUGCCAAAGAAGUGUUUAUACCUCUCCUAUCAGCUGAGACUCUCAUUCCAGUUUGAAUCAUGAUUAUUUUAAAGGAAUGAUGUAAGUCAGUAAACAGUAUCUUUAUAUUUAAAUUGGAAAUUUAAAUUUAUGUAUAAAUUGGAUACAUAGAUAUUGUUUGUUUGAAAACCCUUGAAAAAAAAUCAUUGAAUUUCAUAUGUCAGGGAAAUACUUACAGGUUGUAUGUACAGUACAUCAAUACAAAUUCCAUGAAAAUGUUAAUAUAUUAUAGCAGUAAUUUUGGUAUGCAUUAUAUAUUUUUGUGCACAUUUUUUGAUAGAUAUUCGUCUUCCUAAUCAUGUUUUAGAAACUUUUAAAUUUGUUGUUCCAAGUGUGCAAUACAAUACUAAGGAAUGUUUAUAAUUUUUGAAACAAAGAAUAUAAUUGUUUGCUAUGAAGACCUACUGGUAGCCAUACCAGUAUUGAUGUUAGGUUUCCAGCUUAGGUGUUGCUAGGUUACCACUUUUGAAACCUUCAUAUGCCUUCCAUUUUUACUUCCUGUACAUGCUUUUGUAAUAGCUGUACAUUUAAAAAAAAAAAUUAAAAUUGGAUCAUCCAAGCCCUUAGUUUGUGUGCAGUUAAUCCCAAAUUGGUGAUUGGGCUAAAAGACAGUUUUAAUUUAUUAAUGCAAUAAUAAGUUAACCAAUGCAGAACGAUAAUGGUAUAAUUCCAUCGGCAUCAUUUAUGUUUAGUAUACAUGUAAUUUCAUUAUUAAAGAUGAACAUUUUAUCGUACUAAUUCAGGCAGAAAAUUAGAAAAUAUAUAUUUUAACAAAGAUGUAAUAUUUUCAAAGCUUUAUCACAAUAAAAAGAAAUAUCAAAAGGAAAAAAUGUAAA